UGUCUGAUCUUUAUCGUUUCACUGGUUGAAAAUUCGCUCAUUGUUACGAUCGUUUAUAAAACGCCGAACUUAAAAAAACCGAUAAAUUAUUUCAUUGCAAACAUGGCCUUUUCUGAUAUUCUGUCUGCAAUAUUCUGGAUGCCUUUGAACCUGUCACUCGUGCACACCAACUCCUUACUUAUUGGUGUUCAGCUUGGCCAGGCCUUGUGUAAGCUUGUCUUUUUCUUUGGUAACGUUUCCCUUUUCGUUUCGAUACGGAAUCUGAUUCUGAUUGCGGUGGAUCGAUUUGGGCCGUGGUGUUUCCACUCCGUUCGCCACUCAUCGGAUCCAAAGUAA